GGGCCUUCUGAGCAGCCGAGGGGGGCGGCCGCACUUGGCGCCGCAUCCUGGGAGAGCCUGAGGACCCUCUACCUCAUCGCCGGGGGCGGAGGGCGCGCUUGUCGCGUGGGGGGAGGGGGGGCGGGACCGGUGGAGAGAGAAGGGGGUGGCCUUGGAGGACCCGAAAUGCAGGGGUUAUGGUGGUGGUAGCUGGACCAGCGGGGGACUAGAUCAAGAAGCGCUUGCUAGGAGGACGACUUGGGUGAUAGAGGAGGGCGUGGACGUGUCUGGAAUGGGGUGCAGUGGAAAGGAAGGGCCCAGCCACAAAUCCCGAGUAGAACUGUGGAUGGUCCUCAGAGGCAUUCUCUUUACGGUUGCCCUUUUAUUUGUCAACACAAAAGUCCUUAUGGUUUCUGUUCAAGUUCUUGGAACUCUGUCUCUGGGUGAAUUUAACCUGCAUUAUAGGACUGCCCAGGGCCUUUUCUGAUACGGGGUACAGACGUGGGGAAGAUGUCAGAAAACAGGAAGCCGCUUCCGGGUUUCGUGCACAAACACCCCGAUGCGAACGCAUCUGGGAACUCAGGCAAGACUCACUGCCCUGCGUGUCUGGGGCUUUUUAAAGCCCCCAGGCUCUUGCCUUGCUUGCACACGGUGUGCACCACGUGUCUGGAAAAGCUGGAACCGUUCUCAGUAGUGGACAUCCGAGGGGGUGACUCAGAUACACGCGCUGAGGGGUCAAUAUUCCAGGAACCCAAGUCACGCAGCCUGCAGCCACAGAUUGGCAUCCUCUGUCCGGUAUGUGAUGCUCAGGUGGACCUGCCCUUGGGUGGAGUGAAGGCUUUAACGAUAGACCACCUGGCCAUGAAUGAUGUGAUGCUGGAGAGUCUGCGUGGGGAAGGCCAGGGCCUGGUGUGUGACCUGUGCAGCGACAGAGAAGUAGAGAAGAGGUGUCAGACCUGCAAAACCAAUCUCUGCCACUUCUGCUGCCAGGCUCAUAGGCGACAGAAGAAGACGGCGUUUCAUACCAUGGUGGACCUGAAAGACCUGAAAGGCUACAGUCGGGUUGGAAAGCCCAUCCUGUGUCCCACUCACCCUGCGGAGGAGCUGAGGCUGUUCUGUGAACUGUGUGACCAGCCGGUGUGCCGGGACUGUGUUGUUGGGGAGCACCGGGAGCACCCGUUCGACUUCACCAGCAACGUCAUCCACAAGCACGGAGACUCUGUGCGGGAGCUGCUUCGAGGCACCCAGCCCCACGUGGAGGCCCUGGAGGAAGCCCUCGCUCAGAUCCAAGGUGUGAGCAGUGCCCUCCAAGAGCAAGUGGAGGCGGUGGCAGCCGAUGUCCACGCGUUCUCCCAGGGCUACAUCAAAGCCAUCGAGGAACAUCGGGACAAGCUGCUAAAGCAGCUGGAUGGCAUACGGAUCCAGAAGGAAAAUUCUUUGCAGCUUCAGAAAGCACAGCUGGAACAGCUGCUGGCAGAUAUGCGGACUGGAGUGGAGUUCACAGAGCACCUGCUGACCAGCGGCUCGGACUUGGAGAUCCUCAUCACCAAGAGAGUGGUGGUAGAACGGCUCAGGAAACUGAACAAAGUCGAAUACAGCGCCCGCCUGGGAGUGAACGAUAAGAUCAGCUUUUCUCAGGAGAAGGCAGGCCAGUGCCGAGGCUAUGACGUGUAUGGGGCCAUUAACACCAAAGAAGUUGAUCCAGCUAAGUGUGUCCUUCAGGGAGAAGAUCUCCACAGAGCUCGAGAGAAACAGACAGCCUCUUUUACCCUGCUUUGUAAGGAUGCCACAGGAGAGAGCAUGGGCAGGGGAGGAGACAACGUCCAUGUUGCAGUUGUCCCCAAAGAUAAGCAAGAUAGUCCAAUCAGAACAGUGGUCCAAGACAACAAGGAUGGAUCAUACCAUGUUUCCUACACCCCUAAGGAACCUGGAAUCUACACCGUGUGGGUCUGCAUCAGAGAGCAGCACGUGCAGGGCUCACCGUUCACUGUGACUGUGAAGAGAAAGCAUCGCCCACACCUAGGGGUGUUUCACUGCUGUACCUUCUGCUCCAGCGGAGGCCAGAAAUCUGCACGCUGUGCCUGUGGAGGCACCAUGCCAGGUGGGUACCUUGGCUGUGGCCACGGACACAAAGGCCACCCAGGCCGCCCUCACUGGUCUUGCUGUGGGAAGUUCAUCGAGAAGUCUGAGUGCACAUACACCAGUGGGCAGGGCGCACCGAGGAGUCUGCUUCGGACCGUGGCACUCUGAUGACUUCCUGGGGACAAGUUCAGCCAGGUAAACCUGAGGCCAGCAUGACUUCAGAUAUGCAGAGAAGCAGGAUCUUGAGGAGUUUCAAAGAGACUGAGAGAAUUAAAGACAAAGUGCUUUCUCUAA